AUGGCGGGCCCGACUGUGCAACAAAGCCCUGCUAGGCCGACGGAAUCGGCCUCAUCGACGAACUCAUCGGCCUCCAAGCCUGCAGCAAAGACUGCUUCUACGUCCAAGGCGAAGCCAGCCAAACAAUCCGACAAGUCAGCUACAUCCAAGAUCACCAGGGCUCUCAAUUCCGCUCCCAAAGACCCCACAGGAGCUAAACCUCCGGCAAACAAAAGUACGGAGACACAGAGAAAGCACGAUGCCGCCAAAUCAUUGCUUUCCAAAAAUGAAGCAUCUCCAGCUGUCACUUCCGAUGUAGCUGCAGCGAAGGUGCCGAGGUCUCGAGUCAAAAAUCAGAAUGGAAAGAAGGAUACAACGCGUCCCACGCUGUCUGAUGGAAAGGUUGAGAGAGAGAUAUGGCGGCCAUCUGAUGGGAAUGGCGAUCCUUCGCCUGAGCUCGUGGAGAAGCACAGGGCGAGGAAGGCGGGUCAUCCCACGUGGAAGCUAUAUACCGGCCGGAAUAUCCCCAAAAGGCCCACUGACACCAACCCUCCCAGCUUUGUCUACCUGGACGACAAGGCCGCCUGGGACAUUCUUCAUUCGAACCACUGGACCCCCCACGACAAACACAGGUUCUGGACAUUCGACUUCACAGCCCAAGGUCGCGUCACCGUCACACGUCCAAAUCGUGGCCGGCCUGCGUAUGAGGAGGAUGACAAGACAUUCGCUUCCAUCCCCGCUCGCAAGGGUAAGCGAUACUGGUUCCAUGGCUGCCACCCUGCGCCCAUGGAUGACGGAUCCAGCGCCGAGUCUCCUGUUCUGGCCAAAGAUACCGCUGUUGACGAGGCAAGUACCGCAGCUGUUCCUGCAAAACAGACUGCGGUGCACACCCAGGAUGCCGAUAAGGAAGAAGCCCCUGAGAAUACGCCAAUUGAAGGGCAGCCUCCGGUUGCGUCACAGCCUUUGGUUUUCGAACAAACCUCGGUGGUAGAGCAUCCUUCAGAGGUAGAACAGUCUACAGCUCCGAAGCAGCGUUUGAUCCCCGGGCAGACUUCCAUGCUUGAGCAAGCCCCAGACUCCAUCCCAGAGUCUAGAGACCAUCUACAGACCUCAGAUCAAGAACAGAGGUUAACUACUGAAGAAGAACAAGUUAUAUCUAUCGAAGGGCCGUUGGCGAAGACGGCUCCGCUCUUUGAGCUUACCACUACCAACUCAGAACAUGGAUCUGGAUCUGGAUCUGGAUCUGGAGUUGAGCCCACAGAUUUGGUCCCUCUUCAGUCAGUGCCACAAGAUAUUGUCCUGCCUACGACUCCACUACCAAAUGCGAAAUUUGUCUCACUGAAUUGCCCAACCCCUUCAUCAGAUCACCAGGCUGUGGUGGGUCAGCCCCAGCAGCAGCUUCAGCAGGCUGUCCGCACAGCUUCUCCAGCUCCGGAAUCCAACGAAACGGUAUCGCGCUCUCCAGCACCAUCACCGCAGGCCGUCAAGCGUCUAUCCUCUCCCGACAACUCCAUGAGCCCGGCACCAAAGCGCCAACGCAAGGGGAUCACGCCGUACGACAUCCCUCCAGAGGUCCAAAUGCGUGACUUGGAGCUCCUCCAGUUACGCCAGCAACUGCGCGACUGCACCAACCGCGAGGUCCAACACGACAACGAGAUGGCGGCCAUGCGCCAGAAGGCCGGGUUCUACCACCGCGCCGUCAUGGACAGCAGCGCGAAGCUCGAGACAUCUGAGAAGAAGGAGGAUGCAUUCCGCAGGCUGGCAAUUCAGCUCUACGCCAGAGCCGUUGAUCAGCAAGAAAUGUUGGCGGAGCUCCACAAGGAGCUGCUAAAAAUCAGGGAGGAUUCGGCGAACUUGACGGCGGCGGCGGAGAGGCUUGCAACGGAUGCGAGGAGGGAGUUGGAUCCAGUCUCGGCCAUGCAUGGAGAUCUGGACGCGAUUCUCGAUGAAUCGGAGAGAGUUAUGCAGGAUGCGGGAUUGCAGGAGGAGUUUGAAACUUUCGUCCAGCAGGCCAUGGUCAUCGAUGACUAG